ACAAUAAGACUUAUUUCAGUCAUGAACGACUCGGUAUUUUUAAUGAAUCGUUCAAUGACUUCCUAAAUGUUGUAAUUUGCAAAAGGGGCAACUGAACGAUUCAGUGAAUGUAUCUUUUUGGUGAGUCAAUUCAGAAGAUUCGAACUAGUGGCUAGGAACUCGUUAUUGGGCUGGUGUUCCUACGGAUGAUGUUGUGGGAGCACAAUCAUAGAGAUACCAGCGGCGCAUUUAUAAUACAAAAAAAUGGAGGAUCAAGAAAUGCAAUUAAAAGUAAAAAGAGUGACUGAUAAAUUCACAGAGAGUAUGUAUGUGUUGGCCAAUGAACCGUCUAUAGCGCUUUAUAGGUUACAGGAGCACGUCAGGAGAUCCCUACCAGAGCUCGUGCAACACAAGACAGACAUGCAGAGCUGGGAGGAGCAGAGUCAGGGAGCAAUCUACACUGUUGAAUAUGCAUGCAGUGCGGUUAAAAGCAUGACAAACAGUAGCCUCUAUUUCAAGAACAUAGAUGGUCUUCUGCGCCAAGCCAUUUCACUGAAGGAACAGAUGAGCAGCUCGCAGGGACGGAGUGCUGUGAAACCUGAAAUUAACCCAAACGAUACACCCACACACACUUCAGUCACACCACCUUGACUCAUGGAAGUCUUUCUCCAAGGAAAAGAACUUUGGAUUCUGGCAUGCUUAAGGAUGGAGAAAAGCACAGCUCUGGGAUAUAAACUUGAUCACUGAUGAAGAACUGAAACCAUAUGCCAUAUUGAGUUGGUGCCACCACCACGUCAUAUUGAUGAUGAUUGCUACUCUAAAUAUGAAAGGCUGUUUAUACCUCUAGUUAAAAAAUAAAAAAAGUUCAUUCUGAGUUUAAAUAUGAAACAAAGUCACAUUAAGAGAUGUAAAGUCACAGUUGGGAAAUAUAAACCUGCAAGUGCAAGAAAAACAAAAAAGCAAAAUUAAUUUGACAUUGUAAGAUAUGAAGUCACAUUAUGAGAUUUAAAGUCACUUUGUGAGAUGUGAAGUCAGAGUUGGGAAAUUUAAAAAGUUGCAACUGUGAAGAAAAUAUCACAGUUUUAUGAGAUUUAAUGCCACAUUGCGACAUUACAGUCACAAUUACAAUCGCAGUUACCACUUUUUUAUUUACUUUUAGGUGGAAAUGGCCUUCCAUACUAAAAAGCCAGAAAAGAAAAGGAAAAAAACGACAUCUUUUUGUAUAAAAGAUGUAAGGAUUGGUGUAUAUUCAUAAGCUGCUUUGGGGGAUAUUUUGCACUAUAAUUCCACUUGUUCUAACUAUGUUCUGUAAAUGUGUGUAUUCUGAGUCUAAUAAUUAAAGUUUUUAGUAUAACUCA